UAUCUCGGCCUGCCUAAAUUGUUGUUCGCAAGGCGGCGUUUGGGGGCUUUACCUCUCUCUUUCCGCCGCACCCGCCAUCUUGUUGAGACCGGGGUAAUCAGGCAUCAUGACGAACACCAGAGGCAAGAGGAGGGGGACCAGGUAUAUGUUCAGCAGGCCAUUCCGCAAACAUGGCCCAAUCCCCCUUUCCACAUAUAUGCGCAUCUACAAGAAAGGAGACAUCGUUGACAUCAAGGGCACAGGUACCAUUCAGAAAGGUAUGCCUCAUAAAUGCUACCAUGGCAAGACAGGACGUGUCUACAACGUAACCCAACAUGCUGUCGGCAUCAUUGUCAACAAGCAAGUCAAAGGAAGGAUUCUGGCCAAGAGGAUUAAUGUGCGCAUUGAGCAUGUGAAGCACUCAAAGAGCAGAGACAGCUUCCUGCAGCGUGUCAAAGAAAAUGAGGCCAAGAAGCAGGAGGCCAAGCAGCAAGGCAACUGGAUAGAGCUUAAGCGCCAGCCUGCUCCUCCCCGUGAGGCCCACUUUGUCAGCACCAAGAAAAACGAGCCUCAGCUGCUGGAGCCCAUCCCCUACGAGUUCAUGGCAUAAACUGCUCAACAAAAUAAAAAUAUUUGUACACACA